UUCGACCGCGAGUACUUCAGGCAGGUGCGGUCGGCCUUCGGCGUCGAAGAGGUGGAGUACCGGGCAGUCCUCGGGUCCAAGAGCGACGGCACGCUCACAAACAUGCGCUGCAUAAGCCAGGACAGCGCCGCGGGGAAGUCGGAGUCGUGGUUCCUGAUCUCCGCGGGGAUGCGGUACAUGCUGAAGACG